AUGAGGCCGACAUUUGCCGCCAUUUUGCUCGUGAGUCUCGUCGCCUUCACAGCAAAUGCAUACGCAUUUCCUGAGGAGGAGGCCCGCGUUGAUACAACAUUCGACAGUGCCGCUCAAGAUGCUGUUUAUCUGGGUGAAGUCCUUCGUGACGUGGCACAGACACUAGCUGAGGACGAAGAACUUGGUGCUGAGAGCGACGAGUACUUUUUCCGUGCUCUCUGGAACAAAACAAAAGAAGCUGUGAAGGGCGCCACUAACAAGGUGAAGGUGUCCGUAAAAGGGGCAUACAAAGAGGCGAAGGACCACAUAAAGAAAGCCGCUAAGGAAGCCCAGCAGAAGCUCAAGGACAAGGCGGCCGAGAUCAUAUCCAAGUUGUUAACCAAAGUUAUGGAUGGCUAUGCGCUGGAAGAUUCCGAGAGCAGUGCAAACUUCAUCAAGGUCUUUGUCAAUGUCAUCCAGCGAGCAGCACAGAAAUUUAUGAAGAUGGGCAAGGUUCUACAGCACCUCGAGAACUGAUCGAAAAUAA